AGCAUUCUGCAUUCGAGAAAUUAUAAGUACGGUUCAGAGUACGUGGAUAAGAGGGUGCUCGUAGUCGGUUGUGGAAACUCAGGGAUGGAGAUUGCACUAGACCUUGCCAACUUAAACGCCAAACCAAAAGUCGAUUGUGGUCCGUGACUCAGUGCACGUUCUUCCAUGGGACAUUGUCGGAGCUUCAACCUUCGUGGUGGCUAUGCGACUUUCGAAAGCCUUGCCUCUUUGGCUGACUGAUUGGCUGCUUGUAUUUGGCACGUGGCUGACAUUGGGCAACCUGGCGAGAUACGGACUAAAGAGGCCCAUCGAAGGGAAUCUGCAGCUCAAGCAGAAAACGGGGAAGACUCAUGUUUUGGACGUGGGGACGGUCAAUCAGAUUAAGAAUGGUCACAUUAAGGUCGUUCCGAAGGUUGUAGCACUUAUGACCUCUGGGGUCCGAUUCAAGAAUGGGGAGUUCGAAUCAUACGAUGCAAUAAUCUUCGCAACAGGAUAUCGAAGCAAUGUUCCGAUGUGGCUAAAGGUGGCAAGCUGGUCCAUACGUGAAGACUUUGUGAAAACUGUAUCUAACUGUUGUAACGUGUUUUAUUAUACAGAUAUUUCUCUUAACCAUCAUGAUUAUUUUCCUAGUGCUUCAAUGCGUGAUGGAUGGAAAGCAGAGAGGGUAUUGUAUGCCAUCGGAUUCACGAAGAAGGGACUUGUUGGAACUUUCACAGACGCCACGAAUAUCGCCGAAGACAUCGGGAGAGCUUAUGAUCAUGACAUGUUGCAAACUGCUAUUUAGGUUGAGGAAUACAAUGGAUCAUUGAAGAUCUGGAAGGUCUAG